UCAAUACACACACAUAACCCAGCAAAGGAAAAAUAAAAAUUAAAAAAAAAACAAAAACAAAAUGAACCUGAACCCAUCUAUACCAACACCAUUUUCCUAGACAGACUUCAACUCUGCUCAGCAUUUCUUUACCCAGAUGGCUAGCAAAUUGGCCUUCAUUCUAACAUCCCCUCGUUUAUUCACUGCAACUACUAAAAAAUCCAUCAUUUAUUUUUCUUCUUCCACAAAGAUUCAAUCACUUGGGUUCAAUGGAAAGCAGCUCUGUGUUCGAAGAAGAUUGUUUAUGCUACCCCCUCAGGCUACUGCUGAUCAACAGGGCAAGAUAGAAGAAGAUGAAGUUGUUGACAGUAAAAUUCUUCCCUAUUGUAGCAUCGACAAGAAGGAGAAAAAGUCAAUUGGUGAACUUGAACAAGAUUUUCUUCAAGCACUACAAGCCUUCUAUUAUGAGGGUAAAGCAAUAAUGUCAAAUGAGGAAUUCGACAAUCUCAAGGAGGAACUUAUGUGGGAAGGAAGCAGUGUCGUGAUGCUAAGCUCUGAUGAACAGAAGUUUCUGGAAGCAUCGAUGGCUUACGCGGCCGGCAAACCAAUUUUGAGCGAUGUGGAAUUUGAUAACUUGAAGACGAAACUAAAGAUGGAUGGGAGUGAAAUUGUGGUUGAGGGUCCACGAUGCAGUCUUCGCAGUAGAAAGGUAUACAGUGACCUUUCUGUUGAUUAUUUCAAGAUGCUCCUCUUGAAUGUUCCAGCAACUGUUGUUGCACUAGGAUUGUUUUUCUUCCUGGAUGAUCUGACCGGAUUUGAAAUCACGUAUCUUUUAGAGCUCCCGGAGCCAUUCAGUUUCAUCUUUACAUGGUUUGCUGCUGUGCCUUUCAUUGUCUGGUUGGCCCUUUCGCUUACAAAGUUAAUUGUGAAAGAUUCUCUGAUCUUAAAGGGCCCUUGUCCAAACUGUGGUACCGAGAACGUCUCCUUCUUCGGAAUUAUAUUAUCCAUUUCUAAUGGUGGUACAACUAACAACGUUAAAUGCUCAAAUUGUCAAACUGAUUUGGUGUACGAUUCAAAGACCCGCUUGAUUACAUUGCCUGAAGGAAGUGAAGCUUGAUUAGAGGAAAGGCUCUUACUCGCUAAUGAUGAACUUGGAGAUGAAGAAUGUUGCAUUAUGUAAAUCUUGAGUAGUCAUUUGGAGUGGGAGAAGGAAGUAAGAGAUAUUGUGCAAGGUGGAAAUUAGAGUUGUAUCUCAACUCUUGGUUUGUAACAGUGUAAGUAUAUGUAUCAUGUAUAUGUAUACCUAUGAUAGGUUUGUCCAGAGAAAAGCAAGAGAAAGGAUAGUCGUGGAAAGGUGUAGUUUGGUUGCUUGAAGUACUUUUAGUUGUCUAUUCUCUCUCAAACCAUACCCUUCACAAAAGGAGAGCUUUCUUAA